ACUGAGAACUUAAUCUUCCAAAAUGUCAAAAAGACCAUCUUAUGCCCUACCUCCCACCCCAACUCCUGCAACACAAAUGCCCAGCACACCAAGGUUUGUGGGAUACAAUCCAUACAGUCAUCUCGCCUACAACAACUACAGGCUGGGAGGGAACCUGGGCACCAACAGCCGGGUCACGGCAUCCUCUGCUAUUACGAUUCCAAAGCCUCCAAAGCCACCAGAUAAGCCGCUGAUGCCCUACAUGAGGUACAGCAGAAAGGUCUGGGACCAAGUAAAGGCUUCCAACCCUGACCUAAAGUUGUGGGAGAUUGGCAAGAUUAUUGGUGGCAUGUGGCGAGAUCUCACUGAUGAAGAGAAACAAGAAUAUUUAAAUGAAUACGAAGCAGAAAAGAUAGAGUACAAUGAAUCUAUGAAGGCCUAUCAUAAUUCCCCUGCAUACCUUGCAUAUAUUAAUGCAAAAAGCCGAGCAGAGGCUGCAUUAGAGGAAGAGAGUCGACAGAGACAGUCUCACAUGGAGAAAGGAGAGCCUUACAUGAGCAUUCAGCCUACUGAGGGCCCAGACGAUUAUGAUGAUGGUUUUUCAAUGAAGCACACAGCCACCGCCCAUUUCCAGAGAAACCACUGCCUCAUCAGUGAGAUCCUCAGUGAGAGCGUGGUACCUGAUGUGCGGUCGGUUGUCACAACAGCUAGAAUGCAGGUCCUCAAGCGACAGGUCCAGUCUUUAAUGGUUCACCAGCGAAAACUAGAAGUGGAACUUCUUCAGAUAGAGGAACGACACCAGGAGAAGAAGAGGAAGUUCCUGGAAAGUACGGAUUCCUUUAACAAUGAACGGAAAAGGUUGUGCGGUCUGAAGGUGGAGGUAGACAUGGAGAAAAUUGCAGCUGAAAUUGCACAGGCGGAGGAACAGGCCCGCAAAAGCCAGGAGGAGAGGGGAAGGAAGCAAUGGAGCAAGCCAAGCGCAGUCAGGGCGGCAGGAAGAGCAAGGGGCAAACAAAGCGAGGAGAAGGACGAGGAGAACAGCCCCAUAGAAACAGAGGAGACACACCUUGAAGAGACGACAGAGAGCCAACAGAAUGGUGAGGAAGGCACGUCUACUCCUGAGGACAAGGAGAGUGGGCAGGAGGGGGUGGACAGCCUGGAGGUGGAAGGGACCAGUGACAGUAACACUGGCUCACAGAGCAACAGUGCCACAGUGGAGGAGCUGCCCACAGACCCCACGCCAGACGACGAGAAGAAGGAAUGA